AUGGCAACAAGUAUUCCAACCUACGACGUGGCUAAUCCCUUGACACCUGAGGUGUUAGCUAAGUUGGAGGGUGACAGGACAGUCACUCGCAGAAGGAUUACAACUAUCUGCCGAGAAGUCGAAAGCAUUAUAGAUGCAAACGGCUCUAUUGGGAGCCUGAAGGUAAUGCUGACGAAGAUUAGAACUUUGCUGUCAACACAUGAGCAACUGAGUGAAAUACUCAUUGCACAUAGUACAUCAGAGGACGACACAGAUAAACAGUUUCAAGCCCAGCUAAAGUAUUUACGCAAGGUAGAAGACGUUGCUGACGCAAUCAAAGCUUACAGAGUGUCACAGAACGACGUCACCUCAUCAACAGCAUCAUCGGCUGCAAGCGUCAAAAGCUCUCGUUCAAGCCAAAGGGGCCCACUAUCAGAAACUGAGAAGAAAUUGAAAGAGUUGGAUGAAGAGAAAAGGAGGAAGAAGUUGGAAUUUGAACAGGCAAAUGAAAGGGCCAAGCAGGCCAAACAAGAGCUGGAUCGUGUGGAAAUGGAGCUAGAAAACCUGGAUGUGGACGAAUGGAAGUUGAGGCAUCCAGGCUCCCCAGUAGAAGAUGGCGCUGGAGGGCGAACAAAGGUAGAAGAUUGGUUUCGAACGUUAUCACCUAGCCAACCCACAGAAAGCCAAGCACCAGAUGGCUGGAUUGAAGAUUAUUUGGCAGAUAGGGUUGAAGUCUCUACACAGCGGUCGACCAAGUUUAAAUCUGCAGAUCUAGAAUUCUACGGUGGGGACCCAAUUGACUGGUUCUGCUGGAUUGAUUUAUUCAAAGUAUUAGUCCAUGAAACCCCAAAGUCCCCUGGGGAGAAAUUGACGAUUCUGAAAGGACACCUGACGGGAGAAUGCCAAAUGACAGUCAAGACGUUGGGUGGUGGAGAGCCGGCCUACAAAGAGGCCCUGAAGAGAUUGAAGCAAUCAUUUGGAAGACGAGAUGUGUUAAGGGUGGCACAUUUACAAGCUUUGGAGCGCCUGGAAAGAGGAAAUAAUGCAACGGCAUUCCAACGAUUUGCUGAUCGAGUGCGAGCCCAUCUAUUCGACUUGAGUAGGAUAGGCGAGACUGCGCAGCCAGACAUCAUUGAAAAGAUCUGCCGGAAGUUGGCCCAGCCCGACCGACUUGCGUGGAAUGAUAAGAAGCCGUAUGGGGCCAGCGAAACGAGGUCAUUAGAAGAAUUUGCUGAUUGGCUAUGCCAGCGAGCUGCGGCAUACCAAACGCCUACGAGAUCGUCGCCGAAUCAAGCGCAGAAUCCGGAAAGAAGAAUAGAACCCAGGGUCGAUCGCACCAAACGUCGAUUCAGAUUCAGAAAGAAGUGCAAAGGACAACAUCGAUUGACCGACUGCCCAGCGUUUCAGAAGCUGGCGGUUGGAGAAAGAUUCACGUUUGUCCAAACCCACCGAUUGUGUUUCAACUGUUUAGGCGCCAAUCAUUCGGUGAGAUUCUGCAACCAAUGGAAAGAGUGCGGUCGGAACGGUUGCAACCGGCGUCAUCACCCUCUCCUACAUCAUGACGACAAACCAGCUGCAGCUAAGGGAGCAUCAGCCAGAUGCUCCAAAGACGAACUUCAGGAAGAGGUUGCGAUGGGGGUGAUGAAUGUACGAGUCCAAAAUUCCCGAGGAGAGUAUGUGUGGGCCAAUCUGUUCAUCGAUGAAGGAAGUAACACAUCCCUGGCAAGAAGCGACUUCAUUCGGAGUUUAGGAAUAGAUGGAGAGGAUCAGAAAUUAGAGAUGAAAGGAAUCGGGGGAGUCAGCCGCUGUUACAACACAUCCAAAGAAGUAAUCCUGACCGUUAGGUUAUUGACAGGAGGGGAGACCACCAUUAAGGUCUCCACGAUGCCGACGGUAACAGAUCCCAUGCCGUACGUCGAUUGGAACAAACUGAAGACCCGUUGGAAACAUCUCAAAUCCCUACCGAUCAAAUCAGCAGGAGGGCAGGUGGACUUGUUGAUUGGAGUUGAUCAUUACCACCUCAUCGUCCCGACCGAGUCUAGGGUCGGAGAAGAGGGAGAACCGAGUGCAGUAAAAACACAAUUCGGAUGGUACGCUCGUGGAGUCAUCGGAAGCAAGUUAAGAAGACCACCAACUAGCCACACUGUUACAGCCGUGCGCAGCUAUUCGUUACGAGUCAACGCCGCAUUGGAGAAGGAGCUUCGAGGAUUUUGUGAAACGGAGAAUUUUGGCACUGAAACCCCAAGGCUGGUGAUGCCACCCGAAGACGAAAGGGCGGUGAAGAUUGUCGAGGAGGGAACCCGGAAGCUAGAAAUAGGAUAUGAGGUGCCAAUACCAUGGAAGGAAGGAGAACCUUCACUGCCAGAUAACAAGAGGCUGGCACUUUACCGCUUACAUGAUUUGUUUAAACGGUUUGAUCGAGAUCCGGACUUCAAGGCGGCGUACCAAAUGGCUAUCAAGAAAUACAUCGAUGCGGGAUACGUGAGCGAGGUGGAAGAGGAAGGUGACCCGAUCACCGCGCAAUACUUCUUAGCCCACCAUGGUGUUUACAAGAAGUCGGCGUCGGAGAGGAAGCUGAGAAUAGUGUUCGACUCAGCGGCCCAAUUCCAAGGAAAGUGUUUGAAUGAUGCGAUGCUGACCGGACCGACACUUCAGAAUAUGCUGCCAUCUGUGCUGAUAAAGUUUAGAGAAGCGGAAGUUGCAUUUACUGCGGACAUCGAGGCGAUGUUUAGUAGAAUUCGAUUGAGACCACAAGAUGCCCGUUACCACCGUUUCCUGUGGCGAGAGGAUGGAUCGUCCGAAAUCAAGACUCUUUAA